AUGAAAGAAUGGGGCGUAGAUGACGUAAUGGUGGUUGAGUUGUCGUUUAUGUUCAUUAUCAUUCUUGGUCGAUGGUUAUUACCAAAAGGAAAUAUAUCACAUAGUGCAUUGUCACAAUUGCUGUUGGUUUACUUGUCGCUUGCAUCGGAUAUUUUGGAUUUACUAACAUUAUUCAGUGAAAAGGAGAUUUAUCUAAGUUCACCUAUGGUUCAUAUUGUUCUUGUUAUCUUUUCUUUGUGUAUGUUUCAAUUCGCAUUGAACCUAACGGCUACACGUGGUCGAUCAUUUCAUGCUGAGUUUGACGAAGCAGAAUAUGAAAUUCGUCAAUUGCCCCCACCGAUACCAAUACAUCAAAAGGUACUGAAUAAGCUCAUGCCAAGUACGACACCAUCGUCGUCUACAGCUCGUCCAUUGACGACAACAUCAGCAAAUCAAACACCACGAAUUAAACCUCGUGCAGCCUCGUUUUCAAUCAUGAAUCCAUCAGUUACCAUUUUUGAAAAUCCUAUUCACAAUGAAAACCUCGAAAUGCAAGAAAGUAAGAAUAGUUUAGUCCUAAAGCCAACAUUUCCGGAAGUCAAUCUACUCUCAACUAUUCCUCGUCCGAUAAUGCAGAAUCGCCUAUCCAUUGGUUCUCUCAAUUCAUUACAUUCGUCUUUAUGGCAUACUUCACGUUCGAAACAAAUGUCGAGAAAGUCGAUUGCAGAAAGUGUCAAGGUCUUCGUCAAGAAACGCUCAGCAAAGUUCCUUCGAUCAGAAAUUUGGUCGAUCUUGGUAACAUUAUCGUUGCAGGAUGGUCCGUUCUUUGCUGUUCGUCUCGUUGCCAUUUUUGUUUAUCGUGUACGAUCGUUUCUAACGUAUUUCUUUACAUUUAAGAACUUUCUGAUUCUACUCUUUCAAACGUAUCGUAUUACGUCGAUAUGUUUAGAACGGGACCAAGAAGAAGAAGAAUUCGAAGAAAAAAUGGAUACAAUAAGACGUAUGAGUCUUGCAGCAUCGCAACUUGGCGUUUCAGUAAAUCGAAACUUCUAUUUACGAAUGAAGAAUCAAUUAACUCUUUUAUGGCGAUGUAUUUUUGGUCCAAAACUGUACCAGACAUAUCCAGCAAUACCACCGACUCCGAUGCGAAAUGAUCAACAACCAGCGCACAUUUACGAGAAAAAUACAGCAGAGAGUCUCAGCGAUACGGUGUUUUUCGCAUUGAAACUAUCCUUCGGCAUACUUAAAGUGACGUGGCCUAUAUGCCUGAUAUACUUUUAUCGCAAAGGUUUUUUAACAUACGAUAAUGGUAUUGUCACAUUGCGACUUGCAGGUUGUGUCGCCAUUGUUUCAGCUUAUUUUAUGCUGUUACGUGGUGUUGGUCGUUAUGUUAAUCCAAGUUAUAAACUUUUUAUUGAUGAAUUCUAUCGGGUCAAAACGAAUACAUCCAAAGAUGCCCGUCAACACUUAUUAGCUAAAUUUGACUUUUCUCUUUCUCAUUGGCAACCAGAUUAUGUUAUUGACACAUCCGCUGUGCGAAAAAUACCGAUGAUAUCCAUAACUAAAGAUGAACUUCUCAAUCGUACUGAACCAACCCUUCUCGAACGGAUCUUUCAUUAUCCAACAUUAUUUCUCGGAUAUAUUUGUGUGAAUGUAUUCGGUCGUCGUCUAAUGUUCCCAGGUAGCUUACAGUUACUUCGACAAAUGAUGGAACGUCCUUUACUUGACGGACGUACAAAUCUAAUUGUUCAACAUCGCGCCAAACGAUAUGUUAUACGUACAGCUGACGGAAAUAACAUCGAUACAAUAUUCGUCGAUCGACGACAAUCAAAUCAGACCAACAAUGGACGAACGUUAGUAGUCACUUGCGAAGGAAAUGCCGGAUUUUAUGAAAUGGGUUGUAUGGGAACACCCAUUGAUCGUGGAUAUUCAGUACUUGGAUGGAAUCGACCAGGAUUUGGAGAAAGUUCGGGCUAUCCUGGUGCAUUGUCGGAAAUCAAUUCUAUCGAUGCAGUGAUGCGUUAUGCAAUUGAAGAACUACAUUUUCUUGUUGACGAUAUUGUUAUAUUUGCAUGGUCGAUCGGUGGUUAUUCGGCUUGUUGGACAGCCGUCAGUUAUCAAGAUAUUCGCGGAUUAGUUCUAGAUGCCGUUUUCGAUGACGUUCUCCCAUUAGCACAACGUCAAAUGCCAGCAUUUGCGUCGAAGUUCGUUGAGAAAACAAUACGUUAUUAUCUCGAUUUGAAUAAUGUGCAAUUGCUGAAGUUAUUCAAUGGACCAUUCUAUUUGAUACGACGUACACAGGAUGAAAUUAUCAGUCUUGUACCAGGUCGAGUCGAAACCAAUCGAGGCAAUGAAUUGUUAUUUAAUGUUCUUCAUUAUCGUUAUCCGCAUAUUUACAAUGAUGAUCAGACAUUAACACUUUUAAGACGGUAUGUCUGUGCUAAUCAAGUGCAAAGAAUAGCUCUAUACGAUCAAUACUGCUCGAAUGAAACUGAUUUACAAGCAUUAACGAGAGAAUAUCGAAUGGAACAUCCAAAAGCAGCAUAUCCCUGCAAAUUCGGCGAAACUUUCUCUCUGAUCGAACGACAACGCUUUGCUGUAUAUCUAAUUGAUCAAUAUUUAGUCAAUUUCGAUUCUCAACAUUGCACACCUCUACCACAAACAUUCUUUCGCAUACCUGAUCGAUGCGUCUGA